CUACAUUGUCGUACUACAUAAUUUGGUCUUUGGUUGUAAACUCACGUGUACUUGGCGGGUAAAGAUUAUAAGUAAAUAUUAUAGUAGGAGAUAGUAUUUCACUUUCGAAUGGAAUUUUUGGUUUAGUCGGUAAUGAAUAGAAAACUUACGUGUGAAGUUUGUGGAGGUGGCGAUUACUACACAGACAGUGGAUUUUAUUUUUGUAACGAAUGUCAUGCUCAAUCGCAGGAAGUUGUGGAAGAAGUGAUCAACACGGGGGAGGCGUAUGUGUAUGGGCGCAGCCUUUCUGUGAAGAGCAAUGCUUCAACUUCUAGUGUGCAGUCUGUGUCCACAGGUCAUGAUUGGACCACUUGGGAGUGCUACAACUUUGUUCUGAAAGGCUUGGUUGAUGAGCUUAUCUCCUUGGGCGCCCCGCCCGAACUGAAGCUAGUGGUGUUGCAGCUCUGGGUGAUUCUGCUGAAGAAGCUCGAUGUGGCCUUCAUUUCCAGCCACCACCUGCCCAAGCUAGGAUUUAACUACCACGACAAAGAUAUGUUCGUCGUUUACGGCAUGUCCGCCAAAAAGAAGUCCAGAAAGGUGAACAAGAAGAAGAAAACUGUUGAUGACCAACACAACACGUCUGAGGAAACGGAUGUUUUGAACUCAUCGGCUGUGCCCUUGAAAAGAGGGGUAACGAAGAAAGCUUUGGCCAGAGCAGACUAUGCCAGUUCCCGUGUCGACAACCCAGAUGAUUUGUUGAGUAGCGUACUUGAUGACGACCUGUCGGACAGUUCGUUUGGUGUUCCUUCAACUUCAUCUCGAAAGUCGUUUGACAGGUGGAGCAUGUUUUCUCGAAAGGCGAUGGAGAAGUUUGACAAGAUGAAAACGAAGGAGGCGAAGCCAGUGGAUCAUAAAGUACGCCAGAGAGACCCGUCCUACAUCACGCGCAGCAGGCUACUGUGCAUCUUGUACCUCGGCCUGCGACUGGUCGACAGCAACAUCUUCCUGGGGGAUGUGAUGAGGUGGAUCUCGGAGGGUGCGCUGUCCUAUCACGAGGUGUCGCAGUUCUUCCCGGCUUGUACCAACCUGAAGGCGGUGGACGGCCUGUUGUUCGGCGCGUUCCCCAGGACGGUCGUCCACGCCACCGUCAGGAAGAUGUCCGCCGAGCUGGCGAAGCUGCUCCGCGUCAACGCUUUCCCGGCGCCCCACGUGCUGUCCCUGGCGGCCAGAUACGUGGAGGAGUUGCAGCUCCCGAGCGAUGUGUUGGACUGUGUCAGGAAGAUGUAUGCCAUGCACCCACCGAACAUGGAGUUUGACGCAGCGAGCAGCGAAGUUCCCAACUACGAGGGGAGAGCCAUGGCGUUCAUCAUCGUCGUUCUCAAACUCUUGUUUGGUUUGGACGGGAAGACAGAGCACGUGAAUUCUGAAACCGCUGCCGAGUUCAACAACAGGUAUCUGAGCAGUGAAGAAGGAAAGCUGUUCGUGUGGGACGACUGGCAGGGUUACGUCGAGUGCCGCAAAGCCUUCGUCUCCCUGUUUCACUUCCCGACGAAAGAUGCGGUGUGCAGGGACGGCCAUGAAGGAAUCGAGCUGUAUAUCGAGGAACUGAAACAGCUCAGAGAGAAGGCAGAGGGUGGAAACAGAAAUAUUUUCGUGAAAAAGGAAAGGAUGAACCCAUCAAUCACAUCAGUUCUUGAAAGAACGUUCCAAAAAUUGGCGGCUUUGGAGCCCAACAAUUUUUCGGGCAUCAAAUUUAAGCCCUCGCUGAUGCCAAAUACUUCGUAUCUUGAAGAAAUUAGUGAGGUGUAUACCACCAAAGUAUUUCUUGAGUUCCCAUUCCCAGAACUUUUGAAGCAAGAUUUCAAAGCAACGGAGUUGAAAUUCUUACUCGACCCAUACUGGCUCGUCAAAACGGCCCGUAUGAAAGGCAUGAAGAUCAGACUCAGGCAUAACAGCGCACAGAACAAAGUGAAGAAGGUGAAUGUGGAACGUCUACAGGUGACGAACAAGUUACACUGUGCGUACCUUGAAGGCGUUGCCAGCAGCUCGGGAGUGAAGACAGCUCUCGGCCCUGACUCUGCAUGUCCUCCGGAGGGUGGGGAACUGCGCGGAGGGGUGGCGGAGCAACUUCCAGGGGACCCACAGUCUGAAGCGGAUGAUGGUGUAGAGUACGCGUUCUCGAGGCAAAACAAGCGAAAGAGGAAAUCUUCCAGCUCCGGAGAUGCUCGCGUUUCGAAGAAACGGGACUUCAAAGGUGGUCCGUGCUUCAGGGGGAAGUGUGCAAUCGGGAGUGCCGCCGAGCCGGAAGAGACCGGACCCGAAGGUCCCGAGGGCUGUUUCAGAAUCAACGUUCCCAGCUCCCAGUACUGGAUCCUUGGAAUCCCCCACAAAAGGUUUUUUACCUUGGACAAGUUCGACUCCAAAGUCAUGCCGAGGUUCACCACUUCGUUCCGCUGGCUGCUGUCGGAGUGUGCCGGCCUGCUCGGCAUGACCGAGUACGACUUGUACACGGAAGUGUUGGUGGUCGAAGCGUUGCAUGGGUACGUCCUGGCCCCUGAUUCCGUCAGGACGGAGGAGGAAGGUUUUCUUCGUUUUGUAAACCACGUGAAGACACACUGGUAAACAUCACAUCGCAAAUAGUUACAGUCGCAUUACUACCGAUGUUGUGUCCACAUCACACAUAAUGUGGCGAGGAAGCAUGUUCUUCAAAGCUGUGGACUAAAAUUAUAGUAACACAGGGUACUGAGUAUUUUUUUAAGUUUUGAUACACUGGCUGUGUUUGUUGCCAUAAGAUUUCGGCUAAUUUUUUACCAUUUACAGCCUCAGAGAUACUUGAACUGAGUGCUGCUAUGAGUCUGCCUUCUUUUUUUAAUGUAAUUCACAACAUUCUUCCCUAAGACUGUAUAUUUAUACAUUCAGUUUUUUUUUAUUCCUUUUUAAAUUAAGCUAACAAAAAUAGCUUUGAAUCUGCGUACUGUGGUGUUUGCUACACAGAUUUGAAGUAUUUUUUACAUUGAAAAGUGUAAUUUGUUUUUCAGUUACACGUACUGCUCGGAAAUUUAGUUCUGUUUUAGGUUUUAUAUGUUUUUGUGUUCAAAAAUUAUUAAAUUUGAAAAUUGUGAAUAAAAUCAAAAGCUUUUUUAGUGUA